UUAAAUUUUAGUUCUUCGUGUCAUUUCAACUGCACAAGUUCUGCUUUUUUAUUGGUUGCUCCAUUUACACAAGAAAUUUCAAAUUCACAAUGACUGAGGACAACAUUAAACCGAAUGAAAAUUUCAAUCUGAAUACACUAGAAUUAAUAUCGAUUUUGAAACUAUUUGGAUUCUCUGUAACAGAGGAAAAUUUAGAAAAUAGCGACUUGAAUGACUCGACCGAUCUGACAAUAAAGAUAUCAUGUGCAUCUGGUACGCACACGACAUUAGUCAAACCAAAAUUGGAGAUCAGCAAGGGGUCACCUGAAAAAAUCUCCAACGUCACUACAACGAUUGAGAAAUCCAUGAUAAAUAUAGAUCUAAUAGAGAAACUAAAAAAGCUAUUGAUUCCCACAGUAGUAGUUAUUAAUGACUUUGACGAAAUAUCACAACCUGUAAUUACACGCAGAUAUACGAUGGAUUGCUUAAAACCUAAUAAUUGGGAGUUCGACCCGAACACUUCACCUCCGAAGAGCACGUCCAGUCCUCUAGGCAGUCUGUCGAAUUCUUCGGGGCACUUAUCGCUUUCAUCCGAUUCGGAAAGCAAACUCCUUAGCAAUUUGAUAUCCAUUAGCAAAUUAGCGCAAGAAUCAGUUGACAUUUACCAGAAGAACCAUACGUAUACAAAAAAACUACCAAAAAAGAGAAUAUCUGAUAUUAAGAAAUCAAGUCCAGUAGUGGACAAACCUGUGCCCUUGACGGGUUCUUACAUUAAAAUGAAUAGCACUCCGACAUUAAAGUUGACGCCAAAGAAAUUGUCCUCUGUUAUAAAUAAAUCGAACGGAACCACCACUAUGGACAAGAAGAAGAUGCCUCCCCCGUCCCGUUUGGCAUUUCCAAAAGCAAGGAGUUUGGGAACUCCUACAUCGAAACUUGUCUGUAAGAAGGAAGACACGCCACGUCCCACGAAUAAAAUCUCUAUGCUGACCAAACCGAAUUUGAGCAAGCUAGGAAAAGCAGAUACUAUGAUUAGUGGCAUUUCUAGAAUCAAAACUCCAAGUCGACCUACCAAACAGUGGCUGUAAUUUAGUUCGUUUAUUUAAUUGUACGUUCAUUAUUUUAUAUGUUGAUGUUAAAAUUUUAAAAUUGUAUAAUUAUCAUAUAAUGUUAAGCAAAGACAAGUAUUUCUUUAAGUUUAUUUAUAGUAUAUUUAAAAGCUUUAAUUGGAAAUUAACUUAAAGUUUUAAAUUUAACUUGUGCACAGCAAACAAAACAUGAUUACACAUCUCCAUAAUGGAUGCUUUUUCUUUAAAAGAUAAAAAAAAACAUAAUACUAAAUUGGUUGUAUUCAUUAAUUACAUUUAACAAACAUUCCUACAUAUUCCAAUUUUUGUCCACACUGAAAAUAUUGUAAAUAAAAUAGAGACCAUAUGAAAAAUAUCCUAAGAAGUGUGUAUGAGUGUAUUUAAAAAA